AUGAUCCCUCGGUGGUUGCUGCUCGUGGUCGGAUUGUUGCUGGCAUGGACGGCACAACCGGCCACAGCCAAGAGCGAUAAACCUAAACUGUCCUCUGAAACUCUGAACCACGCGCCCUACGACCUCUUCUGGUUCAAGGGCUCCGAGACAGUGCUCUACCGUGAUCCCAAAAAGCACACCGCCCACGUUUCCUUCGACGGAGGCGCCAAAUGGGAGACUGUCAAGGGACCCGAUGGCAAGAUGGAGGGCGCGGUCGCUUUAGUCUGGGAGCAUCCGCACGAUCCGAACCGCGCGUAUAUCCUGGGUGCAAAGGGCCAGCAUUGGAUCACGACUGAUCGGGCGAAGACGUGGAAGGCAUUUGAGAUUCCGGCGCGUCCGAUUGUCGAGAUGGGCAUCUUGCCCCUGGCGUUUAAUGGGUGGGAUGAAAAGAAGGUGAUUUUUAUGGGCUCGGAUUGCUCCGGUCUUCUGGGGUGUGUGCCCAAAGCUUGGUAUACGACGGAUGAUUUCAAGACGGUCCAUACCUUGCAAGAGUUCUUUUACUCGUGCAUGUGGGCCGCGGGAGCUCCCCAAUUUGGCCAGGAUUUGGAUCUACCGGACAAGAUUGGAGAUCGUAUUCUCUGUGUAGUGCCCGGAUCAAAACCCGGAAGCCACACCCAGCGGCUCAUUGCCUCGGAUGAGUACUUCAAGGAUGGAAUAGAUGGAUUUGAGGUUAAUCUGGACCGGGGUCGACCCGUGACAGGCAGUCAGGUCAUUGCCCGCUCCGUGAAGAAGUACCUCGUGGUCGGGGUGGUGUCGACUGGUACGACCGAGCAGGCGCUGUUCGUCAGCGAUGAUUCCAGAGAGUGGCAUCGCGCCGAGUUCGGAGGUCACCGAAUCGAGCAGGAUGCCUACACUGUGCUCGAGAGCACUAAUUAUAGCAUUCAAGUUGACGUGCAGACGACACAGCAUAAAAAUAGCGUCGGUGCUCUCUUCUCCUCAAAUUCCAACGGCACUUACUUCACCCCUAACAUCGAGCAUACCAACCGCGACGACUUUGGAUUCGUUGACUUCGAGAAAGUCAGCAAUAUCCAGGGUAUUGUGAUUGUGAACACAGUCAAGAAUUGGGAAGAGGUUGAAAAGUCCGAAAAGACCGAAAAGAAGCUCGUCAGCGGCAUCAGUUUCGACGAUGGUCGGACGUUCCAACCUCUGAAAUCCGAUGGCGAGAAAUUGCACCUGCAUUCCAUGACGUCUUACGACCAACUGAAUGAACUUCCUGUCGGUCAUAUGUUUUCCAGCCCCGCCCCCGGAAUUGUCAUGGGUGUGGGCAAUACUGGUGAGCAUCUCAAGAAAUACUCCGACGGUGAUCUCUACGUCUCCGAUGACGCGGGUCUCACCUGGCGUCGCGCUUUGAAAGGUCCUCACCAAUUCGCCUUUGGUGACCAGGGCGGUGUCAUUAUAGCCAUCAGCGAUGAUGGUAAGACCGACAAGGUCAAGUAUUCGUUGAAUCACGGCAAAGACUGGGAGGAUGACAUUGAGCUUGAACACAAGAUCAAGCCGGUGAGCAUCAUCACCACUCCCGAAGCAACUAGUCUCAAGUUCUUGAUCGUUGGCGUGUCCAGCGACAAAAAGAAAGCAAUUAUCUCCUCCAUUGAUUUCGACGGAUUGCAUGAGCGCAAGUGCGACAAGGACGACCUUGAGUCCUGGUGGGCUUUGCUCGACGAAGACCGCAAACCCAAGUGUCUGAUGGGUCACAAGCAGAAAUUCACGCGUCGGAAAGCAGAUGCCGAGUGUUUCAUCAAGGAGGACAAGCUAGAUGCGCCUAUCUUUGAGCCCUGUGACUGCACCAAGGAUGACUUUGAGUGCGACUACAACUUUAAGCGUAAUGAAAAGAACGAGUGUGUUCCGGCCGUGCCUUUGACUCCUCCUCCAGGCGAAUGCAAGGACAAGAGUGAUAAGUACAAAGGUCCCUCGGGCUGGCGACUCAUCCCCGGAAACAAUUGCAAUCGAGUGGAUGGGCACAACUAUGACGACAAGAUCGAGCGAUCCUGUGAAGACACCGUGGGUGCUCCGAGUGGCGGCGGUGGCGGUAGCGGCGGUGGAAGCAAAGGUGAUGGCAAGGUCCACGCUGGCAAGGCGCAUGAAUUCGCUGGCACCAACCUGGACUAUUUCUACCUUGAGCGUCAAACCAGUAACUCGGGCGACGACGAGACAAUUUUCCUGCUUUCCGGAAAGAACGAAGUCUUUGUCACUCACGAUCAUGCCAAAACCUGGGAUCAGCCCAAGGAUCUCAAGGGAGUGGAAAUCGUGGGCAUCGUUCAGCAUCCUCAUUACACCGACGGCGCGUACUUUUUGACAGCCGGAAAGACCGCUUACUCUACCAUCAACCGCGGCGAUACGUUCAACAAGUUUGAGCUGCCAACGUCUGUGUCAAAUCGGGACAAGGGCGGGCUCAACCCACUGGCCUUCCACAAGAAGUACAUGGACUGGAUGAUCUGGAUGGGCAACGAUGACUGCAAGAACAGCGACUGUGUGCCCAACGCAUACUUCACUAAGAACCGCGGUGCAGACUGGGAGGGCCCCGAUCUCCGUGGCGUGGGCAGCUGCAUCUUUGCAUACAGCGAAAAGCGCGAAAACAGCACAGAUCUCAUCUUGUGCGAGCAGUAUGAGAAAGAAAGCAAGAAGAACAACCGUCAAUUGGUGUCGAGCGAUUCCCACGUCGAUCGAUUCAGCGAGCCCAAGGUGAUCAAUGACAAUAUCGCCCACUUCGUGACCAUGGACGAUUAUAUCGUCGUGGCGACUUAUCACACCGACGAUCACAAGUUCCUGAAUGUCAGCACCAGCUUGGACGGCCGGGUCUUUGCUCAGGCCAAUUUCCCGGUCAAUGUCGAUGUCUCGCAGUACACGGUGCUACCGGGCUCCACGGAUGCAUUAUUCCUGUUCGUCCAGCUCAGCAACGAAAAGGAACGGAGCUAUGGCCAGUUGGUCAAGAGCAACAGCAAUGGCACGUACUUUGUGUCCAGCUUGCCGGCGGUAAACGUCGAUGACCGUGGCUAUUCGGACUUUGAGAAGAUUGCCAACCUCGAAGGCGUUGCUCUGGCGAAUGUUGUUGCCAAUGUCGACGAGGUGCGGACCAAGAAGGAUUCCAAGAAGAAGCUGCGUUCAGUCAUUACGCACAAUGAUGGUGGGCAAUGGUCAUUCCUUCCUCCCCCAACCAAGGAUGCCGAAGGCAAGAAGUUUGGCUGCUCAGUAACCGAGGGUAAAGGCACAGAGACUUGUGCUUUGCAUAUUCAUGGCUAUACUGAACGUCGGGACUGGCGCGAUACGUUCUAUUCGGGCUCUGCGAUCGGCGUUAUUGUUGGCGUGGGUAACGUUGGUCCGCACUUGAGCAGCGUGGAUAGCGACGAUGUCGGCACUUUCAUCAGUAACGACGGCGGCAUCUCCUGGACGCAAGCCAAGAAGGGCCGAUACAUGUUUGAAUUUGGCGAUGCCGGGUCGGUCAUUGUGCUUGUCCGCGAAGCCGAGCCUACCAAGGUUGUCUUCUACAGUCUUGACGAGGGCAAGACCUGGACAGAGUUCCAGUUCUCAGACACGGAGGUGCUCAUCCUUGACAUUUCCACUGUUCCCUCGGAUACAUCCAAGAGCUUUGUGCUGUGGGUUCGAGAGCCCAAGUCUUCGAACCGGUUCGCUACGAUUCCGAUUGAUUUCAGUGGGAUCUGGGAUCGAGAAUGUACGCCACCGGAUGGAAAGGAUGCCUCGGAUGAUUUCUAUCUGUGGACGCCCAAGCACCCGUCCUCGGACGACAACUGUGUCUUUGGCCAUAUCGAGCAAUAUCAUCGCAAGAGACCUGAAAAGGAGUGUUGGGUAAACUGGCGCGAUCCACAUGUUCAUCGUGUUGAAAGCGCGAAUUGUACUUGUACCCGUGCGGACUUUGAAUGUGACUACAACUACGAAAUUCAGAGCGACGGGAGUUGCGGCCUCGUUCCAGGAUUCCAACCUCCCGAUCACAGCCUUUCAUGCAAAGAUAACCCGGAUCAAGUUGAGUAUUGGGAGCCAACCGGCUAUCGACGCAUCCCCCAAUCCACCUGCAAAGGCGGACUCGAACUCGACAAGAUCGAGCCACGCCCUUGCCCCAACAAAGAGGAAGAAUUCGAACGCAAGCACGGCAUCAGUGGUAUAGGACUGUUCUUCGCCAUUGUGAUCCCCAUCGUUGCCGCCUCGGCAUUCGGCUACUUCGUCUACACCCGUUGGGACGGCAAAUUCGGUCAGAUCCGACUCGGUGAGAGCGGUGGUCUUGGUGGAGGUGGUUCGUCCGGUCUGGCGGGUCUGUUCACUCGGGACUCGCUGCUUGUCGCUAUCCCCGUGACAAUCAUCGCGGGUGCAGUUGCAGUGGCCCAGGCUCUGCCUUUACUCGCCAUGAGUCUCUGGAGAAGCGCCAGUGGGUUUGUCCGGACAAGAGGGAGGGGAUACCAGCGGCCGUAUGCGACCAGAUCAUCCUUUGCUUCAAGAAGAGGGGACUACACGCAUGUGGUUGAUGAUGAGGAUGAGUUGUUGGGGGUGGAUGACUUGGAAGAUGAUGAAGAGGCGUAG